AUGUUUGGAGGUGUUGCCGUUCCUGCUAAUAGUCCACACCUACGCAAGUCUGGGAGUAGACCUGUUGUUUAUGAUCUUGAUGAGCCCGAGGUGGAGAAUGGCGUCGAGGAAGGUUUAUUGCAUCCCGUGGAUGCAGCUGAUUUAAAGGGUAGCGUAACAGCUAUUAGUGCUACUUCAAUGACACCAUCGCCCGCUUUGUUGUGGAGAUCCAAGGUGCUAUUGUUUCUCAUUUGGGGCUUCAUCUGUUGCAAGAUUGGAUGGGAUUCUGUCAUGAUAAUGAGUGCAGACAAGCGGGAUUUGUUCCUUUAUGAAGCAUUUUUGUAUUUUAACCCUCUUCUUCUAGCGUCUUUGAUGGUUUGGCUGUGGGGAAUCAACUUAUGGUUUUUUGCUCAAGGUGGAGUCAAUUAUGCAAAAAUAUUUGAUCUUGAUCAAAAUCAUCUGACUCAUAGAGAAAUAUGGAAGGUGCUCUUAUAUGCUGCCGCUGGGAUGGUUUUGAUAUUCCCCUUUGAUAUCUUUUAUUUUUCUACUAGAUAUUUCUUCUUAAGGACACUCUGGCGAAUAGUUUUCCCAUUACAGGCAAUUUCAUUUGCAGAUUUUUUCUUGGCUGAUAUCCUAACUUCCAUGGCAAAGGUCUUUUCUGAUUUGGAGAGAUCAGUUUGUAGAAUGGUCCAUCGACAGGUUGCCACAAUUGCGUGGUUGGAAGCUGAUUCUGUGUGUGGCAGCCACUCUGUUGCAAUCCCUUUCGCUCUUGUUUUGCCUUAUCUUUUCCGCUUAAACCAAUGUCUCCGUCAGUAUAAGGAUAAUGGAGAGAAAGCUGCUCUUCUGAAUGCUUUAAAAUAUUCGACUGCAGUGCCUGUGAUUUUUCUCUCUGCCCUUAAAUAUCACGUCUUCCCUGAUAAGUGGACAAACUUUUAUAGGCCUCUAUGGCUUCUGUCAGGUGUUGUGAACUCGUCAUACUCCUUCUACUGGGAUGUAAAUCGAGAUUGGGACCUAGGUGGCUUCACUCGAAUAUUCAAGUUCAACAAGCCACAUCUGUUCUCACAUAUGUUACAUGGAAGGAGAUGGGUUUACUUUUGGGUGAUUGGAAGCAAUUUGAUUUUGCGUUGCACGUGGACAUAUAAACUUUCUGCCCAUCUUCGUCAUAAUUACCUCACGGUGUUCAUAAUUGCUGCUUUGGAGAUUUUCCGCCGCUUCCAGUGGAUCUUUUUCCGUGUUGAAAAUGAGUGGAACAAGAUGAAUUCCAAAUCACACUUGCAUCUGUCGGCCAAAGAAAUCCCAAACGAUGAAGAGAAAUUACUUCAUUCAUUCCAUUAA